UGCGCCGAGGCAAGAUGGAAGAGCCCAGCAGCUGCGGGAAAACAAUGUUUUGGCUCUAGAUGUUGAAAAACGGACCGCUGAGGGCGAACUACGCGAGCCAAAAACACCAGGCCAUGCUCCUACUCCGGAUGACACUUAUUACCACCUCAUAGUUUUCCUGCCUGCCAUCUUUCAGCAUGAACAUCAUUCAAGACAAAAUAGGCAAUGAAUUCCUACGCUCCAAUGGGGGUAUGGACUCCAAUUUUGGCUCGGGCAUGAUUAUGUUCAGCCACUUACCACCGGUGACCAGCUUCACCCGGCUGGCUGCCCACUCCGUCAUGCAGGACCUUCCACCACAUGAAAUGAUCCUGAAGAAGGAGCGUGACUCACCUGACUGCAGCACAGGCACCCAGGGUGGUGGCCAUGCAGGGUUGGGUGACUAUGUUCACUCUAUGGGUAUCAAGCAGGAGAAGCUGUCAGAGCAUGAUUAUCGUCUGCCCCUCUAUCCUGGAGGCCUGGGGAAGAGCACAGAGCUGCUGGAUGUCAGCAACAACCAGAACCUGCAGGUGCAUGACCUCAACAUGGGCAAUCUGCCGACUCAGUUAGGAAAGGAGCCCUCUGGGAGAAAAGGUCGAAGGUCAAAUGGUGAAGGACAGGAGGGCAAACCAAGAAAGAAAAGAAGCGAGGCAAAGCAAUCAAUGAUGCUGGAUGCAGAUGGAGGCAGCCUGUCGCCGGGAACCAAACCUCACAUCUGUGAGCACUGCGCUGCAUCGUUCAGAAGUUCCUACCACCUACGCAGACAUGUCCUCAUUCACACAGGUGAAAGACCCUUCAGGUGCAGUCAGUGCAACAUGAGUUUCAUUCAGAAGUAUCUUCUCCAGCGACAUGAGAAAAUUCACAGUGGAGAGAAGCCAUUUAGCUGUGACCAGUGUAACAUGCGGUUCAUUCAGAAGUACCACAUGGAGAGGCACAAGAGGACGCACAGCGGAGAGAAGCCGUACAGGUGUGAGACCUGCCAACAGUAUUUUUCUAGGACAGACCGACUGCUCAAGCACAAGCGAACCUGUGGAGAAGCCAUAAGGAAGGGGCUGGUUCCCGGGAUGAUGGAUCUGGGUUGUGUUGACAUGGGGCAUGGCAGCUAUGGAAUCACUCAGGGAAGUGUUGGGGGUACUGGCAGAAAGAGGGGCAAGUCCAAAAAUUGUGGAGAGGGAGGGGAGCGCAAAAAGAAGAAGGGGGACGCAGGAGGGGAGAGGGUACCUCACAUUCAUGGUUCUGCAUCAGGAGGUUACAGCAUCCAUGAUUACUCCAUGGAGAACCAAACUGUGUCUUCCACUACUGAGCCAGGACCCAGCAUGCAGCAGAGCCAUCAGGGCCGGGCUCCAAAAAUGGCAUUCAAGAAGGCCAAUCGCAAAAACCAGGCCAAAUCGUUACCGAUGGAGCAGAGUGUGGGCAUGGACGGACUUGGCCUCAUGCAGAGUAACGGAGCCAAAGUUGGCACCAGCAGCAACUACGAUGACGCCAUGCAGUUUCUGAAGAAGAGACGCUACCUUCAUGCAGCAAACAAUGCAAACCCAUCGGGGCCUGUGAUAGCUGGAGGAGUCAGCGGUGAGUAUGACGUCAGUGUUGCUCACUUGUCGUCCCAGCCGUCUGUCGCACAGGGUGUCAUUUCCAGUGUGAUGGACAGUGACGCUCCUCUGUGUCUCGACAAGUCAGGGAUUCCUGAUGAGGUUUUGCAGAGCCUCCUUGACCACUAUACCCACAAACCUGAUGGCUCUCACCACGAUGUUCACUUUGACAUCAGUGACCAGCAUGUGGAUCUGAACCCUGCCAAUGGUCCUGACAUUGGCCACGGCACAGAUCCCUCCAGCCCGUCUGGAGACAAAACUGUGAUGAUGCAUGAGUACUCCCGCUUCCUGCUGCAGGCUUUGGAGCGCACAAGUCACACCACCAGCUUCCCCCUGGGCCCUGCGUCUCCUGCCCCAGGACCGUUCACCAGUUCCCACCCAGGGAACCCUGUCUACGCUGAUAAAAACAUCUACACUACGUCCCCACUUGAGUGUGGGUUCGGCCAGUCAGUGGCCUCGCCUUCGUUGCCCUCAUCUGUGCCAAAAUCUCACUUUGCAAUGCUAACGGGCACCUCACCACAGCACAGCUUCCACCUGAGCAGCCUGGAGCCCGCCACACACCAGCAGCUCACCCCAUCUCAGGAGCUCACUGAGCAGAUGGAGAAGCAUCACUCCUCCACUCCCCCCUCCUCUUACCAGAUCAGCCCAUCUGACCUGAGCAGCCAGAAGGACCAAGCACCGGUCAAAAAUGGCACAGUAGUCUUCCCUCUGGCCCCCUCUCAGGAUCUGGCCCCUCUGGACUCGUCCAAGUCUUCCUACCAGAUAGAAAACUUUGCCCAGGCCUUUGGCUCCCAGUUCAAGUCAGAUGGCCGCAGCUUGUCUUAUGGCACUGACUCUAGCGUGGAGGGGGAUCACAGGAUACGUACGCCUGUGUCUGAAUUCUCAGGGUUUACUAGUUUGUUAUCCGAUGUCAAUGAGCCAGUUAGCACAGGUUCCAAAACUCCAACAAGCCAAAGCUACAGAUGAGCGCCUGAGAGGGAGAGAACACACUGUCGUUAAAGUUGAUGUUCUUGUUUUUAAAUUUUACUGCUCCUAUUUUAUUAUUAUUGUUGUUAUUAUUGUUAUUAUUAUUAUUUUUCUAAGUGACAUCUUUAUUUUAAUAAUGCCGAUGAUCCGUUUCUGUGCCCUCUCCUCUCCCCCACAAUAAGCCUGCAAGGCAUCUUGCGAAUGCAUUUUUUUUAAAGUAUGUUAUUAUUAAGUUAAAUAUGUAUUGACUUAUUCUCGUCAUAUUAGUGUCAUUAGGUCUAGUCAUGAAUCAUGAACUGAAAGUACUUCUUUAAAGUAAAGCGUAGAGUAGCGCCGGUCGUAUUUCUUUUCAAAUGAGCUGAAGUGUUUGAGCAAUCAACUGAACACCUGUAAAAAAUAAUAAUAAUGGUAAUAAUAAUGGGAAUAAUGGCAGGGAAUAGCCCAUAAUUGAACUAGCAAAAACAAACAUGGAAGUUAUUGUCUGUUACAAGGUCAAAGUAUUACUCAGGAAAAAAGUGAGAAAGGAUAAGCCUACGAGGUGCAGUGAGCACGGUUUCCACAAGUUUGUGACUUCGUAGAGGAUUUUUUUUUGUUUCUUCUGUUUUGUUGCCCGUUGAAUGAGUGUGACAUAAACAGACUGCUGCCAGCUCACGUGAACACUGAAACACUUUCUACUUGGCUAUAUAGAGAUUAUGGUACUUUCAUGUCAAUGUGAAACUCAAGUUUUCUUCAAUAAGGGCCAUAUAUAUAUCUAUAUAUCUAUAUUUAUAAGAAUAUAUAUAUAUAUUAAUGUAAGAUAACAGAUUUACUCAGUCUGGGGAACUGCCAGUUUGAAGUACAGGGAGAACGAGGGCUGGUUCCGGGGGGGUAAAUGUUGUCCUUGGUAUAUUUUUGGAGAACAAAAGUCAGAUGUUAGGGCUUUUCUUUGGCCAAUAGAGGUUGCUGUUGGACAGCGAUAGAAUGGCCUUCCCCUUUUUUGCCCCGCCCUCCUCUUCUUCCUCAGUUCUCUUAUUUCUUCAAAAAAAAAAAAAAGAAGAAAGAAUCCAAUUAGCACUUUGAGCCAUUUUGUGCAUCGAGUACAUUGCCCUGUUGGAUUAAGGAAGCUCAAAUGUCAGGAAUGGACUGGCUUUUUGACUGAGACUCUGUUUAUGCAGAUAUGUGUAGGUGGGGGGGGGGCGGUAUGUGAAAAGUGGGAUUUUUCAUUACAUUUUCUCUUCCCCCUUAACUUUCGGGAGGGAUUUGUGAGGGAGGAAGGGAGGGAUGGGGAAUUUUAAAAUAUGACAUUUAAUUGGGAUAAUGUAAAUGUAAUUCAAACCCCUAGUUUUAGUUUUUGACUUGUUACCCAACUUAGCGGCUUUGCCUUUUUUUUUUAUUGAAUUUGAUGAUAAAAAUAAAAUGUGUUAGUGACUUUUUCAGUUGUUACCAUGGCAGCCAUACAUUAUAUGAGCAAGAAAAUAUGGUUGGCCAAAAAAUUUCUUAUGCAUUUAGUCUUUUCAACAUGUGCUGGCUAUACCGUGCAUUCGUGUCCCAUUAGCAAUUGGGUGCCUAUAUCUGAGAAGAACAGAUGCAAGAUACUGUCUAGUAAUUGUUAGAUGUAACGUCUUGCUGAUUUUUUAAAAAUGUAUUUAAUGCUGUUCGUUGUUUCGUAAACGACAGCAAUAAUUGCGCUGUCUUCCAUAGUUGCAACUGGCCUCGAGUACCGAUAUCACUCUGCUGAAUGACCCUUUAGAUCCCUUUACACCCCAAUGGCCUCUUUUAAGCAAUCACUGAACGUGGCAGAGUGAAUUGCGACGCUGUAAUAUCGUAAAAAAUAGUGUGCUAUGUCGAACCGUCGGGGCUUCGAUGAGAAUUUGCCUCACAUAUACCUCAUAUCACAGUUAAACCAGGGACAGAGGAACGAAGGCUUGGUGUCUGCAGCAGAGAUGCUGUUGUACGUGUAAAAGAAAAAGAAACAUUUCUGAGAGUCUAUUUUUGUGAACAUGGCAUUUAUGUGACCCAUUCAGACGACAUUGCUCAAGGGUUUUCUGUGAAUGUCUCAUGCCAACCAGUGUUCAGUCUCUUCAGUUGGACCUCCUCUCUCCACAUGGUAUUGGCCAUUUAUGUUUCAUUAUGCUUUUGUUUACAAAAAAAUUGUACAAAACACUACGUCUUUAUUUUACUUAAUUCUGACCCCUGUAUAAAUUUUUUUAUUUUACUGUCUUUUAUUCCCCCCCCCUUUUUUUUUUUAUCACCGCCAAAUUUUGUAGCCGAUGAUAUCUUCCAUUCUUAUGUUUCAGGCCCUUGUGACAUUUGUCACAAGACUGUAUUUGUCCAAUGAAUUUAAAACUGGUUAGGGAGAAACAAUAAAAAAAAUGUUGACAAAU